AUGUAUGCAACGGUAGUUGCUAUCACAGCAACGGGUGCACAGAUGCUCAGCAUAUGGCCACCAAAUGGCGAGGAGCCGCAGUCUGAGGAUCAAGCGAAGUUCUGGAGUCGAGUCAUUCAAAUCAGUGCUAGCGAGAAGACAACACAAUAUUUGGCCUGCUCCGGAGUCGAGUCUUUGCAAGCCUCUGAAGAAGCCUAUAUGUAG